AGCGUUUCUCUCUUCCCGCUGUCCUCGGCUGCACACGGAGGCAAACCGAAAAUUUAACCGCUAGAACGAGCAGUCGGGGAAAUAAAUAGAAGGAGUGACGGAGAAAGAGAGAGAGAGAGAGAGAGAGAGAAAGAGAGAGAAAGCAAGAGAGAUGAAGCAAGACCGAGAGAGAGAGAAGCAGAUAUGGGGCGUUUAUUAGAGUGAGAUAACGGAGAAAGAUAAUCCUACCCCUGUCCAGCACUCUAAAAUGUGCUAGAAGGAGAGCGAUCCUCAGUGUAGUUUACCGCUUCCCACAGCAGAGGCGGUGGAGCGAAAGCCUUGCGUCGGAGUAGUGGGAUUAUCCCCUCUUUCUCGCAAUGGAAACUGAAUGAAAAACGUUGGACAGUUGUUUUAAACUCCAGUGCUUUCGCUUACAAUUCUUGCCAAAUCGCAUCCUGCUAUGUUAUUCUCCUUUUAUUUCAACUUCAUAUGUGGAUUCGGAGGGACAUUCUAAAAGGUAAUCAACCUACGGCGCAACAGCUGCUCUACAAGUAGUUAGCCCCAGGAAAAUCUCUUAUUUUUGUGGAUGCAGAAAUGUGCAUGGUCUUCCCCCACCCCUGCCUCUCUCCAGAUGGUGAGUGAGCUGAAGCCAAGCUGGUUGUGAAGGUGCUGGUGGACUUGUCCCUGUCCUCGCCCCAAGCCAGACUCACCAUGGCGUCGGGAGUAGCGGCGUGGCUGCCCUUCGCCCGCGCUGCUGCUAUUGGCUGGAUGCCCGUGGCCAACAUGCCCAUGCCCAUCGCCCCCACCGAGAAGAACAAACGCGCAGACGAGCUCAUCGUCCUAAAUGUAAGUGGACGCCGAUUUGAGACCUGGAGGAAUACGCUAGAUAGAUAUCCCGACACCUUACUGGGCAGUUCAGAGAAAGAGUUUUUCUACAAUGAGGAGACCAAAGAGUACUUUUUUGACCGAGACGCGGAUGUGUUCCGCGCUGUUCUCAACUUCUAUCGCACGGGCAAGCUGCAUUACCCUCGCUCCGAGUGCAUCACGUCCUACGACGAAGAGCUGUCCUUCUUUGGGAUCAUCCCUGAGAUCAUCGGAGACUGCUGCUACGAAGAGUACAAGGACCGUAGGCGUGAGAACCAAGAGAGACUGAUGGAUGAUGACGAGGACAAGAAAGAUGCCAAGCUUCCCAAUAUGACGUUCAGAGAGACCAUGUGGAGGGCCUUCGAGAACCCUCACACCUCCACCAUGGCCCUGGUGUUCUACUAUGUCACCGGCUUCUUCAUCGCCAUCUCAGUCCUCACCAACGUGGUGGAGACGGUGCCUUGCGGUGCCACCCCUAACACCAAAGAGGUGACGUGUGGCGAUCGCUACACAGUAGCCUUCUUCUGCAUGGACACGGCCUGCGUCCUCAUCUUCACAGUAGAGUACCUCAUGAGACUGUUUGCUGCGCCAAGCCGCUACCGCUUCAUGCGCAGCGUGAUGAGCAUCAUCGACGUGGUGGCCAUCUUGCCCUACUACAUUGGCUUGGUGAUGACAGACAACGAGGAUGUGAGCGGGGCCUUCGUGACGCUCCGGGUCUUCCGGGUCUUCCGUAUCUUCAAGUUCUCCCGUCACUCUCAAGGGCUGCGCAUCCUGGGGUACACGCUGAAGAGCUGCGCCUCAGAGCUGGGCUUCCUCCUCUUCUCCCUCACCAUGGCCAUUAUCAUCUUCGCUACCGUUAUGUUCUACGCCGAGAAAGGUUCCACGUCGAGCAAGUUCACCAGCAUCCCAGCCUCAUUCUGGUACACCAUCGUUACUAUGACGACACUUGGAUAUGGAGACAUGGUUCCUAAGACGAUUGCGGGGAAGAUAUUUGGUUCUAUCUGUUCACUGAGCGGGGUGUUGGUCAUUGCCCUGCCUGUCCCAGUCAUUGUGUCCAACUUCAGCCGCAUCUACCACCAAAACCAGAGAGCUGACAAAAGACGGGCACAGAAGAUGCAGAAAGCACGUCUGGCCAGGAUACGAAUAUCCAAGACAGGAAGCUCUAAUGCCUUCCUCCACAGCAAACGGAAUGGCCUCUUCAGCGAAGCCUUGGAGCUCACGCAACUUCCUUACAAGAUGACCCUUUCAGACCAGAGUUCCAUUGAGGAGGAGCAGCACCUGAGCAAGAACCAGUCCCUAUUAGAGAGCCAACACCACCACCUGCUGCAUUGUCUGGAGAAAACCACAAAUCAUGAGUUUGCAGAUGAGCUGUGUUAUGAGCAGAGCUACCUAGAGGGGGCACUCCAAAGCUAUCCGUCUCAAAGCCCCUCCCUCUCCAGCCAAGAAGGCAUGACGGGCACCUGCUGUACCCGCCACACCAAGAGGAACCACGCCCCUUUACCCAACUCCAGUAUUCCCACGUGCGCUCUCUCACACACACACCCUCAUCAUAACCUGCAGGAGCUCAGCACUAUCCACAUCCAGCCCCUCAACACCAGUCGCUCCAGUCUGAACAUGCGUGUGGACGAACCCGCGCGCCUCAACUGCCAGAGUGGCACGAUCACCACUGCGAUCAUCAGCAUUCCGACGCCCCCAGCAACCACUCCUGAGAGCGACGCCCACCCUCCACCCCCAGGCCCCACCCUUCAGAAUGUUGUGAAGGUGUCUGCGCUGUGAGAGUAGAAGCGCAGCAGGACGCGCGGACAGACAGACAGAUAGGAUGGAUAGACAGACUCAUGCAGAUAGACAGAAGGACAGUGCGAAGGAUACGACAGACGAGCAGGCGAAUGCUCUGAAGGCCGAGUCCCAGACUGAAGACAUGGAGAAGGACUGCCUACUAGUGGAGAUCUACUGUAAUGACAUGGACUUCCUGUAGAAAUGGAGGAUGGAUUUUAGAUACAGUCUACUGUAGGUGUCUGGGCGCUUCUGUAUGUUUGAGUGUGCGUUUUGUGUGUGUUUGGUAGGUUAUAAGUGUGUGUGAGAGAGAAUGUGUGUUAGAGAAAAUAAAAAAGGUUUGAGUUUUUGGAGUGUAUGAAAGAGAAAGAGAAGCACUUGAUGGGUCGCUGGAGAGAUGUAGAGCAGUAAAGUCACAUGUCACUGGGCACGCAGCACCUUUUGUGCUAUCCGGGAUCAUUGGGACAUCCCUACACUAAAACCUUAACCCUUACCUAACCCUAACCUUAACCCUUACCUUAACAAUAACCUUCACCUAACCUUAACCCUUACCUUAACAAUAACACUCACUUAACCCUAACCAUAACAAUAACCCUUACCUCACCCUAACCAUUUUAAAUUUCAACUUCAAUGGGGGGUAUGGAUGUCCCAAGGAUCCCGGAUAGCAAGGACGACCUUUUUAUGGUUUGGAACCUGAGUUUGACAUUUGACCUGUCUGGUCUUUACAUCGUUACAGCAGGAAACAGUGAUCAUAUCAAAGAAAAUAACUUAGACAUAUUGACAUCAUUAAAGUUUUCCUCUGGUUUGUUAUGUUAUUUAUGGUUGGAUUCAGUUUGAUCCACUUAUUUGUCGUCAUAGAUACAUGUCAAUCACCAUCCCAAAUCUUUUUUUCUUCUUUAUUUUCUCCCCAGGUAUAAUUUCAUUUCACAGUGAAAAUUCUUAACAGAUCAAACUAUGGUAGGUGUCUGUGUCAGAGAUACUAGUGGGUUUCUUAUAUUUGUGAACGUGUAUGUGUGUAUGCCUGUAUGAGUGUGUGUGAGUUUGAGGAGCUGUCUGUAGUUUAGCUCUUUCUGUAAGUGUCCAUGGCUCUGUAUAUGUGUGACUAGCUGCCACUCAUGGAAAGCUCCUGGACAUAUUUUUGUCCAAAAUUCUCAGCUGGAAGCCUUUUACACAAUAUGUGCCUGUAAAUUCUUGAUUUUAUUUCUCUCUUUUUUUGUAGGUCGGUUUCCCUCCCUUUGCUUUCCUCUGGGCUCUAGUUGUAGAUAUUCAACAGACCUUUUAUGUAAACUUGCUUCAUUAUCCAACACCAAGACCAAAAAGGUUGUAUUUAAACUCAAACCACGUCUAACUAAAAGCACAAGGUGUUUGCUGAGAAUUUCUGACAGAGAUCUGUCCAGAGCCUGGGUUAUAUUGUGAAUAUUGUUAAUAGAAUAUUUUGUAAUAUUUUCCCAUUGUUUGGCAGAGCCAGUGAAGCUGUCCUCUCUCACUCUCUUUCUCUCUCGUUGUCGUCCUGUGUAUCUCUUUCUCUCUCGUUGUCGUCCUGUUGUAUCCUUUCCUCCGUUCUGUGUGAAGAACAGUAUGCUUUUGGUAGUUGUUUUUAGUCGUCAAUGUUUUCUCCCCAAACUCAGCUGGCAUUUUUCAAAGUUGUUGGGUGUCUGUAAUCUUCUAUGUGGAUAGAAACUUGGUGUUUGUACUUUUUCUGUGGCCUUCCAUGUUUUUCCCCUGGGACAUUCUAGGUCUUAAAUGUUUUAUUUUUUUCCUGGAGAACUUGAACCUGGGACAUCUGUUGUCAUGGUGACCACAGAGACAUGGAGGACUGGAUGACACCCACCCAUGGACCUAAACCAACCUUAACAUCUAACACUAGCCAUUUAUCUUCUUGGUUACAGGGUCUGAAAUGUCUCUUUACCAGACACUAGAGUUGGGCUCAGUUCAUUUCAGUAUAUUCAGACUGAAUUCAGACACCAACCCUUCCAGAGAUACAGGCACACAAAGGGGCAAUGCAGAGUAGAUCCAUGGCAUCUAUCUACGACAUGACACAGGACCUGUGAUUCAACCAAACCAAAAGGGUUCAACUAUGUUGGAUCAGGAAGUUAAUGGUAUUGUUUAUUUAGUGGAUGACCUGCAUUUGUAAGCACAGGUAUUGUUACUUUAGAACUCGAUUAUGUAUUCCGUGACCAUAGCUCCCAGGAUCUAGUAUAGACCCAGUCGUUAUGGGAUAGAACGUUGCGAUCUUGCCCUCCUGUAGGGAAAACAACCUGUGGUUACCUACAGUGCAUUCGGAAAGUAUUCAGACCCCUUGACUUUCUAAAAAUGUUGUUACAGCCUUAUUCUAAAAUUGAAUAAAUAUAAAAUGUCCUCAUCAAUCUACACACAAUACCCCAUAAGGACAAAGCGAAACCAGGUUUUUCUCAUUUUUUACAAAUGUAUUAAAAAUAAAAACCAGAAAUACCUUAUUUGCCUAAGUAUUCAAGACCCUUUGAUAUGAAUCUUGAAAUUGAGCUCAUGUGCAUCCGGUUUCCAUUGAUCAUCCUUGAGAUGUUUCUACAACUUGAUUAGAGUCCACCUGUG